AUGACAGAACUACAUGCUCUUUGGGUUACACAACUAAAGACAAGAUACUUCAAGAGAAACUCUGCUUUUAGAGCUAAAAUCCCUUCCUCUAGCUCUUGGAUGUGGAAAUGUAUCUACAGAGGAAUAAUUUUAGUUGAACAAAACAAUAUUUGGGAAAUAUGUGAUGGAAUGAAAGUCAAUAUAUGGGAGGAUAACUGGAUUCCUGAUGUAUCUGAAAAACUUAAACAGUACAAGACCAGUAAUAACUCAUCAGUAAACCUGGUUAGAGACCUAAUAGAUACUGAUACAAAAAGAUGGAAUGCAACCUUAAUUCACUCUUUAUUCCCUAGAGAUAUAGCUCAAAAAAUCUGCAACAUUAGAUUUGCAAAGGAAGAUACUCUGAGAUGGCUUCUAACAAGAUCUGGAAAGUUCACUAUGAAAUCCAUGUAUGAUAAGUUAAAUGAAAAAACCAUAAAUUACUAUAACUUAGGGCAGCCUGAUACUUUUUGGAAGAAACUUUGGGCUACACAAACAUCCCAACGGAUAAAAAAAUUUGCUUGGAAGUGUCUUCAAGAUGUUGUGUCAACUAAUGUUAAACUGUCUAGGUUUAAGGAUAUUUCUUCUUCUUGUUCCUUUGGAUGCAAUGAACAAGAAACAAUAGAAUAUCUAUUCUUACACUGCAAGUUUGCACAAGCUGUGUGGGCAACUGACCCACAUCCUGUAGAUAUACAUUUUAACAGAAAUACAACUUUCUUUAAUAUCUUUGAGGAAAGUCCUGAAGAAGGAAACCCUCAGAUACCUAUAGAAAUAAUAAUGACCAAAAUCUGGUUCAUAUGUAAGGAAAGAUGUAAUAGAGCUUUUGAUAACCAACAACAAACACAUCAACAAGUAGCUGUGGAGAUACAAAGACAUCUAGCAUACUUGCACAAAGAGAAAUACACAGUCAAAAUAAAAGACCUGAUAAGAGGAAACACUAGUAACAAUACAUGGAAACUUCCAGAACCACAUUAUCAUAAACUAAAUCUGGAUGAUGCCUGGAUUUCUUGUAAUACCCCAGCAGGCUUUGCUAUAAUCUUUAGAAAUGAUGUAGGUGAAUUUAUUCAAGGAAGAGCAGGACCAAUCUCAGCAACUGAACCUGAAGAAGAGGAAGCUCUAGGCUACUUGCAAGCAGCUAAAUGGGCAAGACCCAACAACUUGUCCACUUUCAGUGUGGAAGGCGACUGCAAAAAUCUUGUGGAUUAUCUGAAUGGAGAACCAUCGCAAAUCUCUUGGCAAAACCAAACUAUAAUGGAUGAAGCGAAAAAUGAGUUUUCCUUUUGUAAUAACUUUAAAGUUUUCUAUUUUGUUCAUAGGACUGCAAACAAUGUAGCCGACACUUUUGCUAAAGAAGCUAGAAGCUUCAGAAUUGUCGUUAACUGGGAUACAGUUCCCCCUUCUUGUAUUCAGUAUGCUUUAGAAGUAGAUAAAUCUAAUGCUAGGGUAUCUACUAUAAACCAAGUACUAGAUGGCUCUACUCGGGGUGAUGUAAGGGUUACUAACUCCCAAAGGAAAGCUAUUCAUGAUAAUAUCAUUGUGUCUCAUGAGAUUAUUCAUACCGUGAAACAUAAGGAAGGUUUUAGUGGUACAAUGGCUUUAAAAUUGGAUCUUUCAAAGGCCUUUGACAAGCUUGAAUGUUCAGUUACAAGUCCUAACCCAAACAAUGGUAGCACUAGCAAUAGUGGUGGUACUCCAGAAACUGAUCCUACUUCCGACAACGACACUGGCAGUACCACUCCUCCUGAAACCAACAUCAGAAGUAAUCCUCUCUUCGGUCGUUCUCCCGAGGAAAUCUGA